CCGAACUACUUCCUGUUUUGUUUUUUCUUUCGCUCCGUGGAGUCGGGCAGCUAUGGAAUUUGUUUGGCGACAAGAAGACGAGAAGUGUGAGCUGCCCGCGAUGAACCGCAGUCUGUCCCCACUGCGGCGGAUCUUAUAAACCCAGCACAAGCGAUACGGUCCGUGUUACUUCGGAUAUCCGCCCCUACACCGCCGGGGAGAUGGCACUGAGCUCGGGUGGCUGGGCUCCAGCCCCGAUGCCUGCCUCGUCCCAAGCCGUGUACGGCGGGCCUACGGUGGCGUGCUGCAACACCGUCUUGAUGUCGGUCCGGGUGUCGGUGUGCCACUCGGGGAUUCGGCCUCUGUGCCUCCCCGGGGCCGGCAACGAAGCCCUCCGCUUACAGCUCAGCAUGGACCCGAGCCGGGCGGGAGAGUUUCGCCUGGCCCUGCGAGACACAAGCGGAAGCCGCAGUGUGUUCAUCGCAGAGUUUGACCUGCGCUCGGUGCAGUACGAGGUAAAGUCUCCUCGCUCUCAUGAGAUGCGUUUAGCCGCUCCGCCCCAUGACUGCAUCCGCUUCAAUUUCCGCUGUGACCGAGAGGCCGAGGAGUGGGCCACAGUGGUGAUGUCUUCACUAAGAGAGGCACACAGAGUUGCAAACAUUAGCACACAUGAAUCUGACGACAGACGGCUCCACACAGCAGCAGCUAUAGAGCAGUGGAGUUCAGCCUCUCUGCCGCUCACAGAGGAGCUAUGCUUGGAGCUUGCCAGGGCGAUUGAAGCGGGUGACACUCAAGCUGCGUCCCAGCAUGCAUCGUCUCUGGCUCGACAGAAAGCAGCGCUGACAAUUCAGCUCUCUGAAAAGAGCUACGCAGAUGGAGAGAUUAGUUUAUCUGUGGCAGUGGAAGAUGUCUCUUCAUCCUGCUGCGUCACCGUGAAAGUCUUUCCCCACAUGACUGUGGCUGCGCUCAAGCAACAGGUGUUUCUGGAGUACGGCUUCCAUCCUCGCGUGCAGCGCUGGGUGAUUGGCCAGUGCUUGUGCACCGAGCCGAGGUCUCUUGCCUCCUACGGGGUCCAGAAGGACGGGGACACAGCGUACCUGUACCUGGUCUCCGCCCGCCAAGCCCGUCUGACCCGCCAGGUGUUCCAGCAGGACCAGGAGAGCGCUCUUCUCGCCCCGCCUCCUCCGCCAAGCAACGGCCCUGCCUCCCAAGACUGGAGGGGCUACAGCACCCUGCCCUCCAGGCUCACCCACAACGCUCAGGGGAGCUCAAGCGGUGGAGGUGACAGAACCAGCGGGAGCGAAAUCAAGGACUCCCUCAACUUGGAGUCUUUGCAGCUGAACGACAAACCCAGCAAAGCCAGUAAAUCACAGACAGAGUGGGCUUGUCCCUCGUGCACUUUCAUCAACAAGCCCUCCCGUCCCGGCUGUGAGAUCUGCGCUACAGCCAGACCCGACACACACAGGCACAGCCGCAUCCAGCAGGAGAAAGGAAGGCGGGAGGAUCGGGGAGAGCCCGGUUUAAGCAGUAGCUGACUUUUCCAGCAACGUGAUCUGGUCGGGCUCCCUCUCUCUCGCUCUCUCACACUUACACAUUUACACACACACACACACACACCAAGUGAGAUGGCUAAUUCUGUUGGUUACCUCACCGAUACUGAACGCAUACUCAUGUCAGGACUGUCAAAGUGCACUGAGGGUCACGACGGCUAGCUGGCUGGCUGGCUGGUGAAGACUGCAGCAGUAAAGGCACUGUAGCGCGACACAGAGCUCCACUGGUCGAGGCUCACAUUAGGGAACCACAGACAGUGCAACAAGAAAUAACUGUUUAACACAUUUGCUCAUGGGCAGACUUCUUCAUUAUUUAUUUGAAGGGGUGGAUGGGCGCUGCAAAACACUGCAGACCAAACCAAUAUUUAUUUUCGGGGGUGGGGUGGGGGUGAUCAUCAAAGUUCUUCUUAAUCAAAUGCAAGUGAAAGUUAGAGAAUGUCACACUUUCCGUUUCUGCCAACUGUGAAAUGAAAGGAAAGUUCAGAGCAUUGUACAACACCUGAUUUGGUUUGUACCAAAAUAAUUUACUAAAUAAAAAUAAUAAUAAUAAUUAAUAACAAUGCCAUGAGUGGGAAGAGGAAGAUUGCUGUGUUUACAGGGUUGUAAAGUGCUUUUAUUUUUUAUAACAUUGUAUCAAGUGUAUUAUUUUUAAUAUGAUGCGUUGAUGUUGAUGUUCGUUUAACUCUUCAUCUCAUUUUACUCUGUUCAUUCUGAGCUGUGAGUCACAGAACGAUUUGUUUUAUCAGUACGUUAUACUGUUUAACGGUGUCAACUGAAUAAACGAAAUUAAAACAGAA